AUGACAGCAAUCCCGCCGCAGACCAGCUUGAUCAACAUCUGCACCUACUUCCAGACAUGGCCGAAACACAGGUCCAUGUUCCUGAUGUAUGGUACGCGCCACUCCUCUUCGGCCGCCGACUGGCUGCCGAAGGUUCCAGGGACGAAGGACCCGUCUCGUAUCGAGAUGGAGCCCAUGGCUACACUUGAUGGCAUCUACGGUCAUGCAGGCGGCACUCGCAACGGUGCUGAGGGGAGCAAAGGAGACAGGCAGGACGCACCGGCCGCCCCUGCCCGCCCUCUCGGGCUAUCGGGGCUUCGCCGUCGCUUUGCGAAAGGCCAGAAGCUCUCGAUGGUUACUGCCUAUGACUUCCCAUCGGCGCGCUUUGCUCGCUCAGCGGGAGUCGAAUUGGUUCUCGUCGGGGACAGUCUCGGAAAUUGUCGGCUGGGGCUUCCCGACACCGUUGGUGUCACCAUGGAGGACAUGCUCCGUGCCACUACGGCCGUACGCCGGGGAGUCGACGCCGCGUCUGGCUCGUCGCCGAAGCCCCUGGUGAUUGGAGACAUGCCCUUCGGUUCCUACCUGACGCCCGAAGACGCGCUGCGCAACGCUGCAGCGUUUCGAGUCGCAGGAGCAGAUAUCGUCAAACUCGAGGGCGGAUGCCACUUGGCCCCUCUUGUGAAGGCCUUGACCAAUGCCGGAAUUGGCGUGAUGAGUCAUAUUGGCCUAGAGCCGCAGCGCGCGUUGCUGCAGGGGGGCUUCCGACUGCAAGGUACCACGGCCACCAGUGCCGUGGAAAUUGUCAGCUCUGCCAAGGAGCUGGUCAGAGCCGGCGCCGUUGUGCUGGUUCUGGAGAUGGUACCGGAGGAGGCCGUCGGUUGGAUGACUUACAGUGCCAAUCCAGACAUAGCUGCUGAUUUUUACGGCUUCGAGAACCCGAAGGCGUCCAUCGACAUGCUGCUGAACUGGGGUCCCAUCAUGUACUUGCCCGUGGCGCCCGUUGCGGGGUGGAUGAUCGCGCGGCAUCCGGACAGCAUCUGGGCCGUGGUCUUCUGUGGGGGCGCCCUGACAGCGGCAGGGCUAGUUCUGCGCAUUCUACCAACACUUCUUGGCUUUCAUCCAACGUCUCUGAUCGUCCACGGCUGCAUCCACGUCGGUCAGGCCUUGAACGGAGCUGCUGGGCCUGCAAACUGCGUGACGCCUUCGGCAUUGGCUGCCAUGUGGUUCCCACCACACCAGCGUGGCUUCGCGACAUCUGCCGUCUUCGCGAUUCAAAUGGCAGGACCAACCCUGGGAUUCUUGCUCGGCCUCUGUGUUCGGUCUCGCAAUGACCUGGUGUUGCUCUUGGAGGUGGAGGCAGCCAUGAGUGUUGCCGUGCUCGCUGUUUGGGCGUGCUUGCCUCGAAAGCCUUCGGUGCCCCCCUCUCGGAGUCAGGAGAUCCGACGAUCCGGCGAGCCGCAGGCAAGCGCGGUGCCUCGAAGACGUAUGAUCUCCACGUGGGUCCUCUUACUGGCAGCAGGGGCUGUCGUCGGAGUUUUCCAGUGCUGGUCGCCCGCUUUACCCACGCAGCUUCAAGGAGUGUUGCCUGAAACCGUACUCAAAUGGUUUGCCGUGAUCACCUCGCUGGCUUCGGUGAUUGGGAACUUUACUGCCCCGCAGCUCAUUGAAAUGUUGCAUUUGCAACAUCGCCUGAAGUCGGUCUUGGGGGUGACCUUGUGCCUGCAGCUGGUGGCUUAUGCGCUCUUUGCAGUGCUUCUUCCGGACAGCCCUCUGCCUCUCAUGAAGGGUUCGACUGGGUCGCUGAUGGCAUGCGUGGUGCUGGCUAGCAUUGCUGAGGGUGCCAUGGCACCCAUUGUCUACGAGCUCAGCGCCGAGCUCACUUAUCCCAUGUCGGAGGGAGUGACAGGAGCAGCAUUCUCCUGGCUGAUCAACUUCUUCGGAAUGGUUCUGCUAGCUGUCUAUCCUGUGGUCCCUUCAGCUUACGAUUCGAUCAUGAUGGUGGCCGUCAGCGCUGUGGCACUGAUUGGGCUCCAGCUUGUCAUUGCAGAGUAUCCCCGAAGGGAGCUGGACGACGGCGCCUGUGGAACCGAGCUCCUUCGUGACUAG